CCUGCAGAGCAAGAUUCUGUUGAUUUUACUUGCGCUGCUUCUAUUCUCAAUGUCAUACAUCUGGUAUACGUCUAGAACCAAUGUUUGGCACCGUGUCUUACUAUUUGCAAGCAAUGCCGAGGAUGUAUCCAGUGCAGACCAAAUACAAGAACCAAAACUUCUUCAACGGAUGCUGUAUGAGAAGCCGCAAGCUCUUACCCCACCGAGAACUGAUGUGGUGAUGAUGACACCGUGGCUUGCCCCUAUUGUUUGGAAUGGUACCUAUAACAUUGAUAUAUUGAAUGCCCAGUUCCAAUUAAGAGGAGUUCGCAUUGGCCUUGCGAUGUUUGCCAUUAAAAAGUAUGUAGUGUUCCUUAAACAAUUCAUAGAAACAGCUGAAAAAUUCUUCAUGGUAGGACAUGAAGUCAACUAUUACAUACUCACUGACCGAGUCGAGGAGGUACGCCAGUACAAUUUUAAACUUGGUGAAGGGAGACAGGUAUUUAUUCUGAAGUCUCCCACGUACAAAAGGUGGCAGGAUAUCUGCUUCAGACGCAUGGAGAUGAUUCGCAAUUACACUCGUGACAGAUUCAGCAAUGAGGUUGACUACCUGGCUGUGGCGGAUAUUGACAUGCAGUUCAGUGACGAUGUUGGCGUAGAGAGCUUAAGUGAAUUGUUUGGGACCAUACAUCCUGGUUACUAUAACGCACCUCGACAGAGUUUUACGUAUGAACGGCGGCCAGAGUCUAGAGCCUACAUUCCAAAUGAUGAGGGGGACUUUUAUUACGCAGCAGGUUACUUUGGGGGUACAACAGAAGAAAUAUACAAACUGACCAAUUACUGCCAUAAUGGCAUAAUGGCGGACAGAGAGAAAAAUAUUGAAGCUAUAUGGCAUGAAGAGAGCCAUUUAAACAAAUACUUUAUUUAUUACAAACCGACAAAGCUCCUUUCACCUGAAUAUUUAUGGGACAACCGUAUGGGUAUCCCAGGAUUCCUUAAAAGACGAAGAUUUGUUGCUGUUCCAAAAAACCAUAAUGAAAUCCGGAACAAAAGGUCAAUAAAAAAAAACAGAACCAGUAAAAAGGCUAAGCAUUAAAAUAAAAAAAAUGAAUACAAAGUUUUGCAAUAUUCUGCA